AUGAGACGUUUAUUGCAAUCAAUUGUUACGUUAACAGAUGCUACAGACGCCGCCGAAGUCCUCAAACAUUGUCUAGACAAGGAUGACAUUUACAAGUUUCUACAACCUAUUUCUGGCGAAGGAAGUUUGUUUAAUACAGAGUAUGCCGUGGGUAAAGUUCGUAGGCAGGUAUUCUUGCCGUCCUACACUCCGGAGAAGUUGUCCAUUUACACUGACCCCAUGUGGCGACAGAGUGUCCGGCUGACGGAGGCUCUCGCACCGUAUGCUGGCAAAGGACCCUUCCGCAUUGAAUAUAUCUUGGGAGGGUUCUGUUUUGACAAUAUUAUUGGGGCAGCAGAUAUCGAAGAAUUAAGAGACGAAUUUAGCUCGGCGCAGAUGUCUUUCUUUUUCGUGUCAUGCCUUCGACUGGUGGUCCAAAGGUGGACCAGCCUGUGGAUGCAGACGGACUUGCUGCACAGGCUGUCCAGCAACCACAGAGAAAUGGAUAAGCUGCUACAAAAUGUUUUCGCUGAUUCAGACCGACCAUUUGUGAAAGAAGACUUGACGAGGACGCCCUACCUGGAUAUGGUUAUAAAAGAAUCGCUGCGGAUUUUCUCAAUCGUACCUUUCAUUUUACGAAAAACUCAUACUGACACCAAACUACCAUGUGGGAGAGUGAUACCAGCUGGAGCGGGCAUCGGUAUAGCAAUAUACAGCGUGCUCCGGGAUCCGAAGUACUGGGGUCCUGAUGCAGAUCACUUCGACCCGGAGCGGUUCCUGCCGGAGCGAGUGGCGACUGUUCCGGAUAUUGCCUAUAAACCCUUCAGCUAUGGACCGCGGAGUUGCCCGGGUUACAAGUUCGCACAGAACGUAAUCAAAAUAGGUCUGUGCGCGAUACUGCGGCGGUAUAAGGUGGUGGGCACACCGGCAGCCGGCCCCGUGCCUCAUAUAGCUACAAAGUACGAAAUCGCCCGAAGACCCGUCGAUGAUCACAUCGAACUCGUAAACAGAAGUUAA